GAGAGGCCCUGCCAGCCCGUGCUGCACGGAACAGCGACCGAGGAGUAGGUCGGCCGCGAGGAGGCCAACCAGGCCAAGAGCGGUUUUCCCCUCGCUUUUACACUGCGAGGAGGGGGACCCUACUUAAAGGCGGACACGGCCAGUAGGACGCCUCAUUUUCGGUGCUUCUCUUCACGGCCGGCCCUCCCCGGACGAACGCUUUGGUGUGCCAUCACAUGUGCCGUCGGCAAUAGUGACCCGACGCCACCAGCGGCAGCAGGAGACCGCCUGCCCGAUCUACCUUCACCCAAGCCCUUGUGCGUUCUCGACCUGUGCGGUCCCUUUGGGAAAACCCGGGUGAAAGACCUCGCGCGGUUUGCUUGCGUCCCGCUUCGACCCUCUUCGGGAAACGUCCGAGUCCCCCGUCUUGUCAAGGGACGCCAUGAUGCGCGUACUGAUCGUGGCGCUCUUAGCGGGGAUCGCAUCGGCCGGCGGCUGGCACGGAGGAGGCGGCGGUGGCGGUGGCGGCUGGCACCAGCACGUGCCCAUCAAGCUGCUCGUGAAGCACGUGCACAAGCCCAUCCCGGUGCCCAAGCCCGUGCCGGUGCCCCAGCCGUACCCGGUGUACAAGAUGUUCCCCAUCUUCAAGCCGUUCGCCGUGGCGAAGCCCGUGCCGCAGAAAUACGUGGUCCACCAGUACCACAACAUACAAAUUCCAAUUCCUGUAUUGAAGUUCGUGCCCCACCGCACGUCCAUUCCCAUACCAAAACCAGUGGCGCUGCCAAUACCGAUCCAUGUGCCCAAGCCAGUGAUCGUUCCAGUACCGAAGCCCGUGCCGGUCAAGAAGCCAUUCCCGGUGCCCGUGCACGUCCCUGUUCCCAAGCCGUUCCUGGUGCCCAUCUUCAAGUCCGUACCUGUGCCGGUGCCAAAGCCGAUCCAUAAACUCAUUAAAGUCAUCAAGGAGAUCCCUGUCUACAUCAAGAAGCCGGUUCCCAUAUACGUGCACGAGGAGAGCCAUGGCUGGAAGGGCGGCUGGAAGGGCGGUUGGCACUCGUCCGGCGCCCACGAGGGACAGCUGGCAAGCCAGCUGGCCGCGGCCGUGCAUUCCGCCCAGCGUGGUCACGGAGGCCUCAGGUUCCACCACUACCAACACGGCUCGGCCUCCGAAGCGGCGCCCAUCAUCGCGGCCGUGCACCACGUGACGCACUCCGGAGGAGGAGGACGAGGUAGAGGAGGAGGCCUGGGCGCAAGCGGCCUGGCCGCCGCCCUGCAGCACGCUUCCAGGCAGUCCGCGCUGGACGCGGUCCGGCACGUUUCCUCCGCCUCGGCGGCGCUUCAGCACGCGGGAGGCUCCCCUCUCGAAGCCGUCCACCACGUGACGCACGGAGCCUCGUCGGCUGCGUCGGCGCUCAGUCACCUGCCCGAACAGUAUGCGGCACCGGUCUCCGCCGUGCACCACCAGCACGCCGUAGCCGUGCCGGCAGUGAUCAAGUACUCGUCCGGAAGCAGCCAUGGUUCCUCGGGCCACAAGUCUCACCACUACGGCAACUACGCGAGCGCCAGCAGCAGCGGCCACUACAGUUCGGGUCGCACCAAGAGCAGGUACUCGCCUUCGUCAUCGUCAUCGUCGUCCAGCUCUGGCUACAAGGCGAGCGGCAGCUACAACAGGCCGUCGUCGGUGCGCGGUUCCUCCAGCGGUUCCUCCAGCGGUUCGUCCGGCUCUUCGAAAGGAUCCUCUGGGUACCAAGUUGUCGCGCAAGUAGACAUCGACCUAUCCGGCAAGCACUGAGAGGGCCCGCCAUCGGACUGUCACCACAUCGCCGCACUUCCAGAACCACCGGACCACGUUACGACGCGAGCACUUCGACGACCAACGCGUCCUCUGCGAGCGGAGGACGGCAUACUCAUUACUUCAACACGCUGCCGGUAUAAGUGUGAUCCCUCUGGUAAAAACUGUCUGCGCCUGUAAAUCUACUGGCGUAUUCAAUCCGCUGGGACGGAUGACUCUGCUGUCUCUUCUCAUCCUUCUGUCCUGCUACUUGCAUCACAAAGUAGGCUUCUCUGCAAGUGCACUUGCACCGAGCGAGUGUAACAAUGUGCGCGGACGGGGUCUUUAUCACAUGAAUAAUUGACGUUGAAACCCUGCUUCAAUUAGGUCGAAUCAGCUGCAGUCUGUACGGAAGCACUUCCUGUCAUCCAAAAGUAUAACAUUACCAGGUUAAUUCCACUUCACUUCUUGUUUUCUGCUUUAAUGUCUUGGCUUCAGCUAACAGUGCCGCUUAUUAAUUACUUUUUUAAAUAGAAACAUAGUUAUUUGAGUAAUGAGUUAUUUUGCAUUCUAGUUUGCUGCCGUAGCGAAAAAUUAGACUGUAUUUUCUUCGCUUUUACAACACUUUCUAGGACUGCUUGCAGUCAGCCAGUCCUGUCAGAUUUUCUGUCAGUCUUUUUUCACUUCAAGCAGUUAGUCACUGGGUGCUCUUAAUCUCCCAUUAAUCACUUAUCACGACGUAAUUUUUUACACAGUUCAUAGGCACUUUGGAUGUGAAAACCUCAUCUUCCUAUCAGUGUUCGAGCGAGAGUGAACUCCCGCUGCGUUGGCGUGGCAUUUUUGUAAUAUCAUUUUUGUGAGGUCUGGUACCCACCUACUAUCGCGAAUUUGCUUCACGUCGCAAUCUAAGUUGCGCGACAGCUUUGGAAAUGCUCCUAUAAGGUUCCCUGUUUGCCCUUUAGAACACCUGUUUGAGAGUUUGAAUGGAAAUGGAAAAAAUAAUAAUGUUGUACUCAAGUAAAUUAGAAUCAUGAUCGCUAUAUAACUCAGCGCAUUUUAAAGGGGCAAUUACUCAUAUGAUCUAAUUUCUCUGAGCUCUUUUAUGAACAGAAGAUAGCUAAGUCAGUCCGAAAGGCCUUAGAAAUUUGGAAACAAGAUAAUAACUUAUCUUCUUUGCUUACAGUUCCUCACCUUCGAGUGCGCGAUAAGUACGGCCGUUAUGUUGCUGCCUCGCAGCAGAGUACUUCGGUACUCUAGCACUAAAUAGCUCUGCUCGUACUCAUGCAAUGUGCUUUGUGCAUAAGCUCAUCCCUAUACUUGAGCCAGUGUACUUAGUAUCGACACCCUGCUUUUGAGGAGAGAUGAGAAUCGUUUGAGUGAAACAUGGACGCAUGACUAAAUGAUGCCAGCCGACAUCGCGUUCUGCUUUAGUGUGUUAAGUUUAGUGCACGAUGGUGGACGGCUGGACAUGGCAAAGCUUCAACGGACUACGUGCAGCUCAGGGGCUUGCGUGCGUGUGUGCCAAACAUUUGCAGCCACCCCGAUGCCGCGGCAAGCGAAAUGAAGAGCAAGCGCCUUUAGUCUUGCAUAAUUUCUGACCUUGCACAAUUUCUGUCCCAGUCUGACUAGUUAAAGGGUAACUCGGAUAACAAAAGUGUUGUUCUGUUUGCGGGUGACGACUGAAUUUGUUCUCACAUUGCCUGUGGCCAGCUGAAAGUGGGCAGCAGGUAUUCAGCAGUGAUGUUUCUUUACUUUGAUCGCCGGUCGAGUAAAUUUCGUUGUUUUAACUUGUUUUAAGUGAAGCACUGUAGCCGGCGCAAUGGUACAAUGCCCAUGCGCUCGUUCUGACCUGCAGAACCUAACUGCCGUUAGUUUUCAAUGCUUUCCUAACACAGCAAAGCCUCCCAUGCCAUACGCGCUCGAAUCGUCCCUCUUAACCAAGCCUAAAUUUGACCAUGCUGCUCCUUUAGUUCCUCAUGAAAGAGUUGAGGCGUUUCUCAGUCUUUAGGGUCGUAACAGACAUCUCUUAAGCUGUUGAACGAUUUUGCUAAUUAAGUGCGCAUCAUCCGGUCUCAGAUAUUGUCCCCCUUACCUAAAAAAAAACAAAAAUUUAGGUCAGAGAUAUAAAUUCACACUAUGCAACACAUUGGUAGCCAUUAUCACUAAAAAAAGCAUGGUGAAUUGGUGAUGCUGCGUACUAUGGCAUGGCGGCAAUGGCUGAGCGACGCAACGUUGCACAAAUUCCUAACGCGUAAAGAUGAGGUACUAAAGGUGCCUUUAUGUAAAGCUGUUAGGCUUGUUACAUUAAGGAACAUCUCUGAAGAACACGACAUUUCAUUAUAAACAUCUGAGCACAGGAGCCACUGCCAGCGUCUCAGUAGUUAGUCCAAAAUAGAAGCGGGUCAACAGCUGACGACUACAGGAAUCCCAUUACGCGGCUUUAAUAAGUUGCACCAGCGAACAGGACAAGUAUCGCGUUCGUUUUGAAACCUUCGCGGCAACUUCGCUCAGUUGGUGGCGAAGGGUGAGAGUUGUUCGCUUCGCCACGGUGACAAGCCAUAACGUCGCUGUCCCUCUGGGGGACGGGCAGUUCAAUAUAAAAUCGAGUGUAUACUCCAACAGAUAGCAAUUAGUGAAAUGUCGAGGUUGUUAUUUAUUACCUCUCCGAGGCCUGGAGCCCGUGUUUCUCAUGACCCCACCAACUUGUGUCGGAAGAACUGGUUCGAGCGUCGAGCGCCACCUUGUUCUUCCACAGUUCCUGGGCACUUCUCGUUAUCAAAGCCUUCGCGGAUGUGCAGACCCCGUCUCCCACCCCUCCCCCACCCCUCUUUGGUGGGCUGCACCAGCAAAUCAAGGUCAUGGUUGUCGACUACUGUAACUACAGCUGAAAUUAAACUACCUACCAUCUCCCGCGUCAGGGCACUGCUAGUUGAACAUGUUCUAGGUUACGUGCUAACUUGCUCGCUUUCCAGGUCAUGAACAUCUACAUGUCUAGGGCCGCUGCCAUCAGAGCACUUGUGUUCAUUCCCUUGAAUGUACAUGUGUAAUCUGUCAGAGCAUAAACUGUCUACGCCAUGUUCAUGCAUCUUUGGAGUGCUGAAGAAUGAACCUGCGACCACAAGUCGCCAUUUAAUCUGCGCUCAACCCCUCCAAGUUGCUCAUGUCUAAUUCGCUGCUUCUUUUCUUCCUCUGAUGAGUUUGAUACGCAUAGAAAUGUAGUAGAAUAUGUUCAUACAGUGAACUUUCUUACGUGCAUUUUAUAUGUUCUUUCGCAACCUUCAGAAGCGAGAAAUGUAGAGAGAUGACAGGCCCACGCGAUAUUACUAUCAAAGAAAGAGCGAGACUUCUGUAAUGGCGAUUAAGCGCAGUUCUUCUGAUAUGCUGAAAGACUCCUAAAAGGCCAGGGUUCAAAGAAAGCUGGCCGUUUCACUUACUCGUAGUCGGCAGCCAUCCAUCGUCUCCGCGAGGCUACGAAAGAAGUGCUCACUUUGUGUUGUUAUUGUUUUUUGGUCCAUUUUGUAUUGUUCCUUCGGCAUUAACAAGUGCUUCAUGCUCUCAAACAAUAUGGGUGUACCUUGUUCGAGCAAACGUGUGUAUCUCUGUGUAUGUAUGGCGUGUGUGAUUUGUCUGUGUACCUGCCACUGGCUCACUGUAAAAGAACGUGCGAAUGAAGAUCCGUUGCCCUGCAAAAGUAGGCAUCCCAGCAGUUUAGUAUUCUAGGAAGCCUCGGGAAGACGAAAAGGAACAGUGUUGUGUGGCAGUGGUAUAGCGUUUGAUGCAGCCGUUACUGGCGACAAAUUCUUUGCAGCCACCUCAUUUAUUGCAUGGCCCAGAGAUCUGCACAUAUGUGUGCUCUCUUCAUCCAGCAGUAUGCGCAGAAAUUAUGUCCUCCUUGCAGGCGCCUGCAGACGUACCGUUCCUGGUGCUCAGAAUCCAUGUCGUUCAACUCAAUCAAAUGAAGCGUAGCUCGAGCGAGCGCUGCCUGAUGAAUUGGCAGUCAUUCGUGCUUGAGUUAUCCUCAGAUUUCUUGCAAAGAGAUGAUGCGGCAAACUCACCGCACUGUAAUUUCGCUCUUAAGCUGCCCAAAUCUUCAGCCGUAGCUUACUUUUGAGAAAAAUGCAAUGAUGACUCUACUUUUGGUUUCCUGUCAUAUUGCGAGAAAGUUAUAGCUGACUUUACUUAUCUUUUGAGUGUGUUUGUGCGUAUGUGUGUGUUUGCUCGCGCGUUGACCGCAAUUGUAAUAAUUUCAUUCACAAUACGUGUGGUGCCGGAAUGGUAAUGCUCAUAAUGUGAACUAUUAUGGUCCAUUUACCAUCAAAAACGAGACUUGUGGUAAUGUUAGUUGUAAUUCGAGGCUGACCUUUACACCCAAAACGACGGGAGGAUAGCGCAAAGGGCGGUAACGGCCAGCACAGCCUGUUUCACCAGCUUUGUCAAGCAAAACUCACAGUUAAGCUUAAUGGUAAUUGUAACGUUCAAGAAAAGUUGUGUAAUGGGUCGUACUAGACUAUUGGCGAAAUGCAGGGAAUCGAAGCUCUACAUUAAACGUCGUUCCACGUUGGUGCAGAGUAAAACCGUUUUCCCAGCCCAGCAUGGAAGACUGAGUCGAGCUUUGCCUGUGCAGUAAUAUUCCCGAACCUAUUUGAUGUUGGCGAAUCACAUGUGGUUGUCGACUCUGGGCCGCUUCAACUCGAGGGCCUUUGACGAGGAUGCCGCAUGGGUGUGUCUGUGCGGAAUGAAAGGCGAGCUCCACGCUGGAGCAGAAAGGGAAAGAACGCAUUGUCCUCUUUAUAUGUAUAUUUCUUUUUCUUUACGUUCGUGUUUUAUUUUUAUUUUUCUCUCUCUCUGCUUUGUGUGAUGCACGGCCAUGGCUGCGCCACGCCAAACUCCAAUGCCGGGUUGCCACUGCGGGGCAGUGAGCGGCCCACGUGACGCUAACCUCAAUAAAAUAAUUGCUCAAAGAA